GUAGUGAGGAUCAUGUGAUUACUGAUUGAUUGCAACACUACUGGAAGCUGGUAAAAAGCAGCAAUAGCAGAGUAAGCAGAGGUAUAGGCAGGAGAGGAAUGUGUGCCUUUUGGAUGACACUCUACACUGCAGUGUGCAUUGGACUGGGGGAGACACUGCAGCACCUCUUCAAGGGCAGCAGGAGGGAUGCUCUGCAGUGGGAAUAAUGCACAGAAUGCCAAGUAUUGAGGAUGUGCUGCUGGAUUAUCAUACAGACAUGGUUCAGGAUUAAUGAAUACUUUCUGCACUGAAACAGCAUGGGCACCUCGGUCUCGCUAGCUGUCUACAUUGUCAUUGAAGUGUUGAUCGCCCUGGUAUCGGUGCUGGGGAACAUACUGGUGAUCUGGGCAGUGAUUGUGAACCAAGCACUUCGAGACACCACUUUCUUCUUCAUUGUGUCUCUUGCUGUGGCUGAUAUUGCAGUAGGAGCACUGGUCAUCCCUUUAGCCAUAAUAAUAAGUAUUGGACUGGAGACUGAAUUUUAUAGCUGCCUGAUGGUGGCUUGUAUUAUGCUGAUCCUGACCCAGAGCUCCAUACUGGCAUUGCUAGCCAUUGCUGUGGACAGGUAUCUUCGAGUCAAAAUUCCAACAAGUUACAGAAGUGUUGUAACAGCUAGAAGAGCAGUGAUUGCCAUCACAGGAUGUUGGAUUCUCUCCUUCAUUGUUGGUCUGGUUCCCAUGUUUGGAUGGAACAAUAUAAACUAUUUAAGAAAACAAAGUAACUCCAGCUAUGGUGAAAUCAUCAUAACUUGUCAAUUUGAAACCGUGAUCAGUAUGGAAUAUAUGGUGUACUUCAAUUUCUUUGUCUGGGUCCUUCCUCCGCUCUUCCUCAUGUUAAUAAUUUAUUUGGAAGUAUUCAAUUUAAUUCAGAGACAACUUAAUAAAAAGGUAUCUUCCAGUUCUAAAGAUCCUCAGAAAUACUAUGGAAAAGAACUAAAAAUUGCAAAGUCAUUAGCUUUAAUCCUCCUAUUAUUUGCUUUAAGCUGGCUACCUUUACAUACUCUGAAUUGCAUCACGUUGUUCUGUCAGACAUGCAACACGCCAAUGAUCAUCACUUAUAUCGCCAUCUUCUUGACCCAUGGAAAUUCAGCCAUGAACCCCAUUGUGUACGCGUUCCGCAUUGAAAAAUUCCAGUCUACAUUUUUGUACAUUUGGAAGAAAUAUUUUUGCUGCAAAAGCGGAAGGGAACUUAAAAGAGCAAAUACUACAAACAUUGAGAGGUCAUGUUCAAAAAAUGUACUCUAAAAUAAGCUUUUUGUUUUGUAUACAUAUUAUUCCAAAUAAACAAAUAAUCACUUUGUCCCAACGUCCAGUUUAACAAUAAAUGACAGUUUAUUGAAAUCUGUAAAUUGAUGUUGAUUUAAACUGCAAUAAUCAAUCUGUGUAAAUUUUGUAAUUAUGACGCAAAAUAUGUGAAUAUAUACAUAUUCUAAUUUUCUGACUAUUUAUACAUAUUAGGUAAUGGCUAAUUUAUUAAAAGGGAAACAAUAAAUGUAUUCACACAAAAUAACAAGCAAAAUCCAAUUUAUUCAAUCAUGUCUGUUUAACAUUGGUUGUUGAUGGGGAAAAAGUGACAGUUCACCGUUUUUAAUUUUUUUAUUUUUUAUAAUAUACAAUCCUAAAAUAAAUGAGGGAUUUAAACAGGCUAGCAUAUUAAAACAAUAUAAUAGCCUAUAAAAUAAGGUAGCGAUUCACAUUUCCACUGUUACAGAUGUUUGCCUGCAAUAGAGUACACUACAUAUGUUAUGCCGGAAUGUAAAAUUAGGACACUAUUCAGAAGAGUUCACUAAUGUCUCUGAUAGUAGAGCUGUGUCAAACUCCAAGCUUCCUGCACCAUUCAUAUGUGUUAAGAAAAUUAUUGACCAUUUAUUGUCUGGCAUCAUGUAAGCAGAAAUAGAGACAUUUUUGUUUAUGGUUUCUCAGAUGCUCUGUUCAGCACAACCAGUUUACACCUCCCAACCACCCCAAUUCAAGCAGCACUGUCCUGGAAUCAUGGUCCUACCCCGCUGUCCUGGGUGUUUUGCUGAAUAUACUGCACUGCCCCUAUGGCUGGAGUUCCACUGAGUUUUUUUUUUUGCAAAAACGCCGUAAAAAACGACAAUUUUCCCGCACGGUGUUUUUUCAGCGAAAAAACGCAGCGUCCAGAUUUUAGCUGCAAGUCAAUAGUAAACUGCUGAAUUCCAGAUUCACUUGGCGUUUUUCAGUUUGGCGUUUUUUUAAUCGUUUUGGUGUUUUUCAGCAAUUUUGGGCUCAGAGGCUGGAUUUUCAAAAUGCCCGACAAAACCUAGUUUGGCGUUUUUUGCCCUGAAAGUGGUGUUUUCCUUCCACAGAAGUCUAUGGGAGAGCAAAAAUGGCAAGAAAAGCGCCAUGUUUUUAAAUUUUGCGUUUUUGCAGGCGGUUUUUAUUCUUUUUUGAUGGAGUGAUGGAGAUAACUUUAUUAAAAUUUCGUAGGGUACCAUUAAAAAGAAAUAAUUAAAAAAAGAUACAGUAGAGAUAGAAAAAAUUGCAUCUAACGAAAUUUAUCUUUUUUAUUACGAAAUGUUUAUUAAUUUUUAAACGGGGAUCAAUUUAUGUGGGUGGGUAAAGCACUAAAAAUGUAGUGGA